GCAAUGUCAUUCAGACCGUCGUCCGUCAGUUCUUUCCUUGCUAAAUCAAAAUCACAAUACAUUUUUAAAAAUGUGAACAACCUCAAGUUUUAAUAUACAGUGUUUAUUAAUAGUCGACUCGAAGAAUUUAACAGAAUAAAAUGAAUAUACACAGCCCCAAUGAACAAGAUUUGCAAUGGAUCGGAAGUUGGAUACCAAGACUAUAAAACUGCCAUUACUCUUACAUCUAUUCUGAGGGCCACUGCCAGUAAUACCCGUUGCCAAAUAUCAAAGAUGAGGUUUGCUUUCGACCCCCAUCAAUCGCAGUCGGAGACGUCUUUUAAAAGCAACAGAUGCUUUUUCAAUUGCCAAUGCCUCUGCUGUCGCCAGGGUUGCUGCGUUGUCGUCGUUAAGUGUUGCUGCUGCUUUAGCUUUAACUGCUGCAUAAGCAAUGGCUCCGGAAAAUCAUUUCUCCAACCGGCUGUAUCGCGCAAGAAAGUUCCUGACCCCGAAAUUUCAGGCGUGUCGAAGCUAGUGGGCGCCAUUUUAGUGCUUGCGCGCUGGGCAACCACUCUCCUAACAAGCUGCAUUCUCCUGGAUAUCUUCUCGGUACUUGGCCAGCCUGGUGUCUCAGAUGUAAACAGGACCAGCAGUAGAGCAGUCCACGUCUCGAUUCCUACGACGCCAAACGAAGCUCCCAGCAGCAAUUCGGACUUAAAGCUGAAGCUACUUUAUGGUUACACUUCGUACGAGAUAAACAACGAUCAGCAGGUGAAGUCCAACAAUCUGUGUAGAAUGCUUUGCAGCAGUCGCAAUCGCAAACGGCAACGAAGAAGACGUCGUCGACGCAGGCGCAGGCGACGCAGGAACAGAAAUGCGGUUAGAGAUAAGCGGCAACAAGUUCAACGCAGUCCACCAAAACACCUUCGGACUAAUCAACGGAUGCAAACUAAUGAGAGCGUCUUUCAACAAGGCCUUAGCGACGCUACAUGCCAAGCUUCAGAGACAAAUUAUAGAGUAGAUUAUGACACAGUGCCAGAAGUAAAGCUGCUGGGUCGGUCAGAAAGAAGCGUUUUAGUGUCACCUCUGAAGGAAAUAAUAUCACCUUGGUCACUAACACAAAGUUCAAUUCGGAACUGCUCAAAGAUUAAACGAAAUAAAGCCAAUCUUAUUUGGCUUCUUAUUGGACUCGUUUGGUUUGAAGUCAAACUAAUAAACUGCAAUGGGAUCAGCAGCGGGAACUACUUUGCUUCUAAUCUAGAGACUCAUAAGGGAUGCACAUUGUGCCAUGAGGAAGGCAAACUCAACAUUUACAACGAUAAAGAUAAUCCACACACAGACUACAACAUCUACAACAAUUACCAUACCAACAAUUACUUCAACAAAAAAACUAGUCAACCGCAUAACAACAUUGCACCGAGCGACCAAGUUCGCUUGGAGUCGAUAAAACGGCAAAUUUUGACGAAACUUGGUCUUAGCCACAAACCCAAUGUAUCUCAUCCCCUACCUAAGCAAUUUAUUUGGGAAACAUUAUAUCGUGCAGAUGGUGAACGGAUAAACAAUGCAUUCGAGAGCAGUGGUAAUGAUUUUAAUCAACAGAACUCCAGACCACGGACGUUAACCCUACCCGAAAUACAUAGGUUCAGUGGCCGGGGCGGAAGGACCUUUCCUAGUAUUCAACAUCAAUUUCGAUCACCGUUCGAUUUCAACUUCAACACAAGUAAAGGGAAUGUAUAUGAACAAGUAUUGAAAAAUCGGUCUGCAGGCCGAAAAAGACAACAUAUACAAAAAGUCGAUGGGAAAAACCUAUUUUUGAAGAGAAGGACAGAAAAACGUCAAUUAAAAAUAAAUUCUCGUAUUGCGUCUAAAUCUACAACACAACAUGAAGGCCACCAUGGCAGUGUUACUCAGAUGUUGAAAAGUGGAGACUCCAAUAAUGUUAAUGGCUUCAGCGACAGACAGAUAAAUGCGAAUGCGUACAGAAAAUCUACAUAUCUAAUAGAUAUAAAUCGUAGUAGUGAUAGUAGCGCCAAUAGUGGCAUAAAUGGUGAGAUCAGGCGCAAUGCUUAUGAAUAUUUUAACGAUUACAGUGUUCAGGCUGAUGAGAAAAGCCAGUACCAUGAAAGUAGCUCAAGCAUUGAAUAUCACCCAAUGGUCCAAAACAUUGAUGAAGAAAAAUCGAAGCGGCAUUACGAAUCAGUUGUUCAUGACCAGGAAAAUAUUGAUCGUGAAGACUUCUUUGGAAAUACUCAGGAAAUAAUUACAUUUGCAGAAGAAGGAACCCAAUAUCGACAAUAUCGAAUACUUGAAUUUUCGCCCCAAAAUCGCCGUGUUCCAAACCAAAAACUCUCCAUUCGCAGCGCCCAGAUUCAUAUACGGAUAGACAAGCCACACAGUUUCUGGAUCGAAAGAGCAAAACAUUUGCAGGAAAAACAUUUGCUAAAUACUAAACGAAAAUGGCGGGCAAAUAAACCUCACCACAGAAUAAAAAUCUGGGUUUUUCAAUUAUCAACAGCGAUAAAUAUUACAGAGAAGGGAAUAGACAAAGCUAUUCUGUUCCGGGCUUCUUUUGAAGUCGACACCAAGCAUUUGGGAUGGCAAAAAUUCGAUUUAACCGAAACGAUCCGAGAGUGGUAUGGGCUUGGCAGUAACGAAAAACUGCGUCUGUUAAUUGAUUGCACUGGCUGCAGUGGUCGAUACUCAUUACACCUUUUUCAAACAUCGAAGCUAAGAGACAACUCAUCAGCAUCAGACAAUUUGAGCCCAUAUCCCAAUCGACCAUUUCUCGUACUUCAUACAGAAUCAGCGAGGACAAGACGAGUUAGGAGACGAGCCGUGGAUUGUGGCGGUGCCUUAAGUGGUCAAUGCUGCAAGGAGUCCUUUUAUGUAUCCUUCAAGGCACUUGGUUGGGAUGAUUGGAUUAUUGCACCCAGGGGAUAUUUUGCGAACUAUUGCAGGGGCGAUUGCACGGGGUCUUUCAGGACACCAGAUACGUUCCAAACAUUCCAUGCCCAUUUUAUAGAAGAGUAUCGGAAAAUGGGCCUCUUAAAUGGAAUGAGACCCUGUUGCGCUCCAAUAAAAUUCUCUAGUAUGUCAUUGAUAUACUAUGGUGAUGAUGGAAUCAUUAAAAGAGACUUGCCAAAAAUGGUUGUUGAUGAGUGCGGUUGCCCUUAGCCUAUCUCGAUAUAUGCCUUGACAUUUUCCAUUUUCCGUCCGGUAGACAUAGUCAUAAAUGUCCUCGGUUAUCUUCAAUGUCAAAAAGAGAGUUUUUAAUAUAAGUAAUUACAUUUUAUUGACUCGAGAUGAAAAUGAUGUGUUAUUGACAUAGAUUAGCCUCAAUUGUAUUUUAUUUUACAUGAUGACAAUAUUUAUAUAUUUACCCUAAAUUGUGAAAGUGCCUAAAUUAAAUCUAAAACUAUAAGAAUCGUGCAACUACAACUAAAAUAUCUUUGAAUAUGGUAAAAACCCGCUUUUAAUAAAUUUACAAUUCCUCAAUGAUAUAUUCACCAAAUAUUUCUACUAU